CGGCGGCGGCCGCGGCUACCUAAGCGGAAUGCUCCCGGUCCUUGGCGGCAGCGGUGGCGGAUGUGGCCUCGGCAGGGGGCUCAGGUCUGUCCUGGGCGUGAGUGCUCACGCGCCUCUCCUCCGGCCGGGUUAACCCAGACAAAGAGGAGACGGCCACGAAGAGAGGAGGCAGUGAGGAACGGAGAGAGAGCGCGGCGACUCCCGCUUCGGCACCAUGGCUGGGCUCAUCAAGAAACAGAUCCUGAAGCACCUCUCCAGCGAUCCCUGCUGGCUGUGGUGGAGAUUGGUGUGCUGUGAAUUUCAUAAUCACCCAAAUGAGUACCAGAGGAGUCUAAGAAACCCUGGCAACUGACUACUUGCUUUCACCACGAGUAGGGACCUUUUGUCUGAAUUUCCUGCCCUCAGAUUUACCAAAAAUUUAUCUCCUGACAAGAUAAAUCUAAGUACCCUUAAAGGAGAAGGUGAACUGAAGAAUUUGGAGUUGGAUGAAGAGGUGCUCCAGAAUAUGUUGGAUUUGCCAACAUGGCUUGCUAUCAACAAAGUUUUUUGUAAUAAAGCAUCUAUUAGGAUACCAUGGACAAAACUGAAAACACAUCCCAUCUGUUUGUCCUUGGAUAAAGUAAUAAUGGAAAUGAGUACAUGUGAAGAACCACGAACCCCAAAUGGCCCAUCACCAAUUGCAACUGCUUCAGGACAAAGUGAAUACGGCUUUGCUGAAAAAGUAGUUGAGGGAAUUACUGUUUCCGUAAAUUCCAUUGUCAUCCGCAUUGGAGCAAAAGCCUUCAAUGCAUCCUUUGAACUUUCCCAGCUACGGAUCUAUAGUGUAAAUGCGAACUGGGAACAUGGAGAUUUAAGAUUUGCUCGUAUUCAGGAUCCACAGAGAGGAGAGGUUUUGACCUUUAAGGAAAUAAAUUGGCAGAUGAUUCGAAUAGAGGCAGAUGCUACCCAAAGCUCACAUCUUGAAAUUAUGUGUGCUCCUGUUCGAUUAAUAACCAACCAAUCAAAAAUCAGAGUCACACUUAAAAGAAGAUUAAAGGAUUGCAAUGUCAUUGCAACAAAGUUAGUUCUAAUGCUGGAUGACUUAUUAUGGGUUUUAACGGAUUCCCAGUUGAAGGCUAUGGUACAAUAUGCAAAAUCUCUUAGUGAAGCAAUAGAAAAAUCAACAGACCAAAGGAAGAGUAUGGCUCCUGAACCUACACAGAGCUCUACAGUAGCCCCAUCUACCCAGCAAGUGAAGACACCACAGACUUCAAAUGCUCCUGAUCUAAAUGAUGCAAUUGUGAAACUAUUCAAUGACUUUGAUGUUAAAGAAACCUCCCAUCAUUUAGUGAUUUCUCAUCUAGAUCUACACAUAUGCGAUGAUAUUCAUGCUAAAGAAAAAGAGUCAAACAGACGUAUUACUGGAGGGGCUAUGCAACUGUCUUUUACACAGCUAACUAUAGAUUAUUAUCCUUAUCACAAAGCAGGAGAUAGUUGUAAUCAUUGGAUGUAUUUUAGUGAUGCAACGAAAAUAAAAAAUGGUUGGGCCAACGAGUUGUUACAUGAAUUUGAGUGCAACGUUGAAAUGCUUAAACAGGCUGUAAAGGAUCAUGAUGUAGGUUCACCUCCUAAAUCCCCAACACAUGCCUCUCCCCAGCACACACAAACAGAGAAAGACUCAACUCUGAAAGGGACUUCCAAAACGCCUACAGUGUUACCUCAACAAUCCAAAGUUAAGUUAAUGUCUAGUUCUGUUGUGGUUAGACUUGCAGAUUUCAAUAUAUACCAGGUCUCUACAGCAGAACAAUGUCGUUCUUCCCCCAAAAGUAUGAUUUCUUGCAAUAAAAAAUCCCUGUAUCUUCCACAAGAAAUGUCAGCUGUCUAUAUAGAAUUCACAGAAUAUUACUAUCCAGAUGGAAAGGAUUUUCCAAUUCCAUCUCCCAACCUUUAUAGCCAGCUGAAUGCACUACAGUUUACUGUGGAUGAAAGAAGUAUUCUAUGGUUAAAUCAGUUUCUGUUGGAUUUGAAACAGAGUCUUAAUCAGUUUAUGGCUGUGUACAAGUUGAAUGACAAUUCAAAAUCUGAUGAGCAUGUUGAUAUUCGAGUUGAUGGCUUAAUGCUAAAGUUUGUCAUUCCUUCUGAAAUGAAAUCUGAAUGUCAUCAAGAUCAACCACAUGCAAUUUCUAUUCAGAGUUCAGAAAUGAUUGCUACAAAUACAAGAUACUGUUCAAACUGUCGACAUUCUGAUUUAGAAGCUUUGUUUCAAGACUUCAAAGAUUGUGAUUUUUUCAGUAAAACAUAUACCAGUUUCCCCAAAUCUGGUGACAGUUUUAAUCUUCUGCAUCCAAUCUUCCAGAGACAUGCUCAUGAACAAGAUACCAAACUGCAUGAAGUUUAUAAAGGAAAUGUUACUCCUAAGUUGAAUAAAUACACUCUUAAAACUUCUGCUGCCACGGAUGUUUGGGCUGUGUACUUUUCUCAAUUUUGGAUAGAUUAUGAAGGGAUGAAAAGUGGAAAAGGACGACCAAUAAAUUUUGUAGAUUCUUUCCCUCUUUCCAUCUGGAUUUGUCAACCAAAAAGGUAUGCAUUGUCACAAAAAUUGCUGCAGACUUGUAAUCAAAUAUCUCUAAAUACCUCACAAAGUGAGUCUAGUGAUCUGACUGGCCGAUGGAAGCGGAAAAAGCUCUUGAAGGAGUAUUAUAGUACAGAGUCUGAUCCCUUGACAAAUGGUAGUCAGAAACCUUCAGAUACAUUUUUAAGAUUUUCCUCUUCAUCAUCAGAUGCAGAUAUUCAUGUCCUGGUUCACAUUCAUAAACAUGUCAGUAUGCAGAUCAAUCACUACCAGUAUCUGCUCCUGCUUUUCCUCCAUGAGUCACUUAUUUUGCUUUCAGAGAAUUUAAGGAAAGAUGUAGAAGCUGUGACUGGCAAUCCAGCUAGUCAGACAUCCAUUUGCAUUGGAAUUUUACUUAAAAGUGCGGAAGUGGCUCUUUUGCUUCAUCCAGUAGAUAAAGCAAAUAGUCUUAAGUCUCCUGUUUCUGAAAGUGUGAGUCCAGUGGUUCCUGAUUAUUUGCCUACAGAAAGUGGAGAAUUUUUGUCUUCAAAAAGAAAACAAGUUAAUAGUGGUAUAAAACAAAUUAGAAGUGUAACUGUUAAUCAUAUGUCAGACAACAGAUCUAUGAGUAUUGACCUUAGCCAUGUCCCUUUGAAGGAUUCUUUGCUUUUUAAAUCAGCUAGUGAUACAAAUCUGCAGAAAGGUAUUUCUUUUGUGGAUUAUUUAUCAGAUAAAAAUUUAGGGAAAAUAAGCGAAGAUGAAAGUAGUGGAAUUGUUUGCAAAAGUGGCUCAGGAGAAAUUGGAUCAGAAACAAGUGGCAAAAAGGAUUCGUCUUAUACAGAUUCAAAUGGUGUCUUAAACUACAGAGAAGACUCAAGUAUCCUGUCAGUUGAUAAUGGUGGUAAUCAGAACAUGCUUUCAAAUAGUUUAACUAGUAAAGGAAAUGAAACCAUAGAGUCAAUCUUUAAAGCUGAAGAUUUGCUUCCAGAAACAGUUUCACUCUCUGAGAACAUGGAAAUCAGUAAAGAAGAAGCACCCACAGUCAGAACACUUACAUCACAGUCAUCUUUAAGUAGAAAGCCUAAGGAACGUUGCCCACCCAACAUGGCUCCACUCUCUGUUUCUUACAAGAACAUGAGAAGAAGCCCCUCACAAACCUCACUGGACACCAUUUCACUUGACAGCAUGAUAUUGGAAGAACAGUUGUUAGAAAGUGAUGGAAGUGAUAGUCAUAUAUUUUUGGAAAAAGGUAUUAAAAAGAACUCAACUACAAAUUACCAGAGCCCAGCAGAUCGGGCAAAUGCCAGUGAAAACCUACAGAAUUAUGGUGAAACCUCUCCAGAUGCCAUCAGUACAAAUUCAGAGGGUGCUCAAGAAAAUCAUGACGACCUGAUGUCAGUUGUGGUGUUUAAAAUUAUUGGUGUUAAUGGAGAAAUUGACAUCCGAGGGGAAGAUAUGGAAAUCUGUCUUCAAGUAGACCAAGUGACACCAGAUCAGUUAGGCAAUAUCAGUCUACGGCAUUACCUUUGUAAUCGUCCAGUAGGUUCAGAUCAUAAAGCUGUAAUUCAUUCUAAAUCCUCUCCUGAGAUUACUCUGAGAUUUGAAAGUGGGCCUGGUGCUGUAAUACACUCUUUGCUUGCAGAAAAGAAUGGCUUUCUGCAGUGCCAUAUAGAAAACUUUAGCACUGAGUUUCUUAUAUCUUCUCUUAUGAAUAUUCAACAUUUUUUGGAAGAUGAAACUGUUGCAACAGUGAUGCCAAUGAAGAUACAAGUUUCUAACACAAAAAUAAAUUUAAAAGAUGACAGUCCUCGUAGUAAUACAGUAUCCUUUGAACCAGCUCCUGUAACUGUUCAUAUUGAUCAUCUUGUGGUAGAGAGAAAUGAUGAUGGCUCUUUUCAUAUCAGAGAUUCUCAGAUGCUUAACACAAAAAAUGAUUUGAAAGAAGAUGUCGAAAGUGAUUCAGUGCUGCUUACCAGUGGAAAGUGUGAUCUGAAAAAACAACACAGUGUCACUCAAGCCACUCAGACGAGCCCAGAGGUUCCUUGGCCUUCUCAGUCAGUCAACUUUCCUGAGUGCUCCUUUGACUUUACUAGGGAACAGCUCAUGGAAGAGAAUGAAUCUCUUAAACAGGAAUUGGCUAAAGCUAAAACAGCUCUUGCAGAAGCUCACUUGGAAAAAGAUGCUCUUCUCCAUCAUAUAAAGAAGAUGACAGUUGAAUAGCAGGAGUGGCAGUCAGAAACUCAAAUUAUAGCUCUGGAGUAUGGUGGUUAUAUUUAUAAUGUGAUGUUUCCAGUUAGUGGAAGACUUUCCUUUUCAUGAAAAGACAAUAAAAUGAAAUAGAAUGUGA